GCUCUCCACAAAUAUACAUAUUCAAUUGUAGCACACACGCAUCAGUCAUUUCACGUAAUUUCCUUUACGAAUACGAAGUACAAUGAGCGACGGGGCUGAGGAGUGGGCUGACGAGGCGGAAGGCUUCUUCAACGAGUUUGCCGCGUCCGUCUCCCAGGAGAAAUCGCAGCGUCGGAAGAACGCCGACGCGCGUCAGGCUGACACGUUGCAGCAACAAAAGAAGGUGGAGCGGAGAGAUCUGGACAGAGCGGAGUCCGCCGCGGAGGCACGUCGGCGCAUCACGGCGGCGGUGCUCAGCCGUGCCAGCGCGAAGGAGAUCGAGGCGGCGGCGCGCAACGCGAAGAAGCAGCAAAAGGUUAACGGAAAGAACAAAAUGAAUGCAGGUGCUUCGGGUGGUGCCGUGGGCUCGUCCGCAGGACUGCCAGGUUCCACAGCGUCCGCAUCGCCGUCUGCGCACUUGGCAGGAAAGAAUGAUCCGUCUUCGUCGGUUAAGCAGCCCGUCGAGGGAGAGCCAACAAAUAAAACCUUCGGAAAGAAGCGUGAAAAAGUGGAUGCGAAGUUUGCGCGCAAAGCCGCCCGUAAAGAAGAGGCGAAGGAGAACAGCAUCAAGUAUCGCCGCACCUUGCGCAGGCAACGACAUUAA